AUGCUUCCACCUUUUGAGACCGAAGACACUUCUCCAAGUGGCCGUUGGGGUUCCAUUGUCAAGAUGUAUAGACCAAUUACGGACUUUCUGGAGAAUGAAGGCAGUAUCGGCCUCGUUCUGAUCCUAUCCAUUCACAUCAUUUCUACUGGCCUCUUCAUGUUCCUCGGCGGAUUCAUCCUCACAGCGCCACUCUGGAUACUUAAUUUUGUGCCUCCAGGUACAUAUCCACGAAUGGCGAUACAGUUGGGCACGCUCGCCGCCUAUGUCCUCGUCCUACUUGUGCCACUCCCUCUCUUUCGUCACCUUCGUCGCUUUCCUGGAUGCCACGCAGCAAUUGUCACUCUCCUUGCAUGGGAAGUUCUCGUGAUUCGAUGGUUCUGCGUAGAAGACGACCGUGCGAGUACCAUGUCCAAAUUUCUGUGCCUCAGCCUGGUGCGGAAUCUGGCGUUUCUCGGCUCUGCUAUCGCCAUAGUUUAUGCUGGGACACUUGCAUGGGCCUCGUCAAGAGCAAGUGGGUCCUGGCCUCCUAGGCUUUGGGUACUCGCAGUCUUGGGAGAAUUGUUUGUGUUGCAGGAGUUUUACCGUAAUGGAGCUUUCGGUGGCGGCAAAGUCCUCGGGCUUCCACCUCGCGGCGCCUUUUCUGGUCGAUUGGGAGCUAUAAAAUCGACGGGCAUUCGAAGCACUCUCCUUAUCUCGUCCUCUUUUUUACUCUCAACGACCAUUACGAUGAUGAAUAUGACCUCUACGUCCGGUAUUUUCAUGGCAUCGGCGAUCCUCUUCUUGCUCGCUAGUCUUCCUCACGCUGCUGCAAAAGGGGGUGGACGUAGUGGGAAUGGAGGUGGUAGUAGUGUGAGAAUUGGCAUCUUGUACAUCCCGAUGAUCUAUGUUGUCGUCGCCAGCAUCUUCGUUUUUAUCGUUAUCCUCACGAUGAUAUACGUCUGCUGCCUCAAGUCCAGUGAACGGUUCCAGCGAUGGAAAGGGGGUAUGAAGGCCCGCAUUCAAAACCGUCGAGACGCGCAAACUACCAAGGCUCACGAGAUGCGCGAAGGGGCCCUCGAUGGGACCGGAAUCAAGAAUCCAGUCCUAGCACCGGCAGGAUAUCAGACGGUCCACGCCUUUGAUCAACCAUAUCAGCCUCCACACGGAUAUCCAGUGCACCAUCCGUACACGUACAACCACAACGGAGAGAGCUCCCAGUCGACCUUUGUCAUCCCAGCAGGGCAUCAUGGUAAAUCGGGCUCUGGACAAUGGACAGCACAGGAUGGGAUGCACAAGCCCUCCACCCCGGUUCCUUAUGCGCAAGGUGGAAUGGGAUAUACGACCGAUGUCGGAUAUGCACAUUCAGCAUCCACCCCCAGCUACGACCUUUACGCAAGGACAUGGACCCCACAGUGGCCCGAAUGCUGUUUGAGAGAUACCAUUGAUUGGGGGUAA